GGAGGAGGGGCCUACUCCAUUUGGGGCGGGGGCUGCCCUGAGUUGGGGGGCUGUGGCUGGGCAGAGGUCAGGGGGAGGGGCCUGCUCCUUUUUGGGGGUACUGUUUUAUUUGGGGGGCUGGGCAGAGCCAGAGUUUAGGUCCAUAGGCUUUUACUGGGGAGCAGAGGAAGAGGGUGUUCCUGUGUGGGUGGGGAGGGGACAGAGAGAUUGUAGGGGGUAGGCUUCUGCUUUUGGGGGGGGCAUUUUCUAGCAAAGGGGGUGGUCCCCUGGGUGGCUUGUGGGGGUGCCUGUUGCUGCUUCAGGCUGGGGAGGGACUUGUUGAGGGGGACAGGCAGGAAUGUCACUGUUAAAUGAUGCCCUUAGCAGCUAGCAGGCCUGGGAUGCCAGGCACCUCAGGUAACUGUCCAGCAUGAUGAACUGAAGUGCAGUGGCCCUGGCCUGUAGCUGGCUGUGAUGGCCCUGAGGGGAGUGUGGCUAAUCAGCUACGAACAAGGGGCCUGUGGAACCGUGCUGUUCUCCAGGCGUUACCCCACUGUUGAAAAACGAGCAAAAGCCUUCAAUGGAGCAAGCUAUGUGACCGUACCAGAGGACAGUGUUUUUCUUAAAGCAUUGCUUUUUGAACUGAAGCUGACAGAUCGAGACAAGAACUUUGUGGAAUAUCGAGAUAGCUGUUCUCGAAUCAACAAGACUUCAGUGUAUACGCUUCCAACAGGAGGAGACCUCUGGCCUGUCCUUGCCUUUCAGAAGAGUGGUUUGAUAUACGUUUGUCUUCCCCUAGUUGAGCAAUCCUUGAAGCCACGCCCACCCCUUAUUAGCAUUAGUGGAAUCUCACAAGCCUUCGCUCUCUUGUCAGGAUUGCUGGUCUUUAUUAACUCCAGUCAGAAGAAUGAAGCUGAGAUGAGUGCAAAAGUGGGCCAACUUCCAAGUUUGCUCAUGCAAGCCUGUCCACUUGGCACCCCAUUAGAUACAGACUUGAAUGGCUUAUUAGAUAACAUUCAUGUUUCUACAAACCACAUGCAGAAACAACCAGUUUGGAGAAUUAGCAUGUACAAAGGCAAACCUCAGGUUAAUGUCUGCAUCACUGAAAAAGUCAAGUCCAUGCAAUAUGACAAAAGGGAUGUUGCAGAUAUGUGGCAGGUUUAUGGAACUGUGACUUGUAAGUGUGAUUUGGAAGGAGCUACAUCAAAUGUGACUGUCAGCUUGAACCUCCCUGCCAAUGGCUCUCCACUCCAGGAUAUCCUGGUGCAUCCCUGUGUGACUUCUCUUGACUCUGCAAUUCUUACUUCCUGUAGUGUUGAUGUCAUGGAUGAUUCUGCAUUUAGUGGGCCAUACAAACUUCCUUUCACUCCUCCUUCUGACUUAUUCAAUUUGUGCUACUAUACGUCCCAGGUGCCUGUACCACCAAUUUUGGGAUUUUACCAGCUGAAGGAAGAAGAAUUGCAAUUAAAAUUAACAGUUAAUUUAAAACUUCAUGAAAGUGUAAAAAAUGCUUUUGAGUACUGUGAAGCUCGUAUACCUUUCUUUAACAGGGGUCCAGUCGCUCAUUUGGAGUACAAAGUUAGUUAUGGCCAGCUAGAUGUAUCUCGAGAGAAAAGCUUAUUAGUUUGGGUCAUAGGACAAAAGUUUCCCAAAUCAUUAGAAAUUUCUCUUACUGGAACUGUGACUUUUGGUUCUAUGAGCAAAGAGCAACCAGUUGAUCCAAUUUGCAGUGGGAGCACUGCGUAUGUAAAACUUUAUUUUAGGAUCCCAGACUACACGCUUACUGGAUGUUAUGCAGACCAGCAUUCUGUUCAGGUCUUUUCAUCAGGAAAACCAAAAAUAAGUACAUCCCGGGAAUUGAUUUCCUCAGAUUAUUACAUCUGGAAUUCCAAAGCCCCAGCACCUGUAGUGUACAGGACAUUAUUUUUCUAAUUUCCCUGUGAAGAAUUUUUGUAUUUGAACAAAAAAGACUGCUGUCAAACGUGAUGUUAAUAUAUUGUAAAGUGGGGGGAGAGCAGUAUUUUUAACGAAUAUGUUUGUAUUUAAGUUCCUGUUUGGGGGGAAAACAUAUCAGUUUAUUUCAAUUAAAUUAAAAUUUAUCUUGUUCGAUGUAAAAUUUUUAGUCCUAGAUACUAUUUGAAAGAAUACACUUCAAAAUCUGAUUCCACUCCUCCAUCGCUACCCCACACAUAUCUUCCUGCUAUUAUUAACUUUUAAAAAAUAAAGAUCCAAUGCUGCAA